AUGGCACCACUCAGAGCAGGAUUUUGCCCCAGGCUGCUGCUCCUGCUGCUGGGACUGUGGGUGGUGGUGUUCUCAGCCAGUGCCAAGCCCAAAAAGGUGACUGCUGCCCAGUGGUUUAAAAUUCAGCACGUGCAGCCCAAACCUUGAGCAUGCAACUCACCCAUGGGUGACAUCAAUAAGCACACCAAACAUUGCAAAAACUUCACCUUCCUGCAUAAAAGCUUUACCGAGGUGGCCACCACCUGCAGGACUUCUAGCAUAGCUUGCAAAAAUGGCCAGAAAAACUGUCACAAAAGCCACCAGGCUGUGUCCCUGACCUUAUGUAAACUUACCUCAUGGAAGUACCUGAAAUGUAAGUACAAGGAGAAGCACCUGAAGAAACAUUAUAUACUGGCCUGUAAACCUCCUCAGAAAGGGGAUUCUAAGAAAUUUAAGCUGGUUCCUGUGCACUUGGACAAAAUCCUUUAG